UCACGCCUUAGUUGCUGUUCCAAUCAAGCCGCCUGCGUCUUCCUGCCCCCCAAUCUCGAGUGUGCCCACGUCUCAGAAGCAGCAAGCGCACUCUGAAGCAUUAGCCUCCACUGCCCGCGCCGCCGACUUCAUCACUGAGGAUCACCAGCUUACUUGAAUGAUGGGGGAGCUGGUGACUGAGAAACAUGUUCAGUAUAUUUUAGCUGCUGAAAAGAGGAAAGAUGACUUUGAGUCUGUGGUGAUGGAGCAUCUAAGAAUGAAUGGGGCAUAUUGGGGACUGACUACCCUUGAUCUGCUCGGCAAGCUAGACACUGUGGAUGUCAAUGAGGUUGUUUCAUGGGUCAUGAGUUGUCAGCAUGAAUCAGGGGGAUUUAGUGGUAACAUUGGACAUGACCCACACAUUCUGUAUACGUUAAGUGCUGUUCAGGUUUUGGCUCUCUUUAACAAGCUUGACAUUAUUGAUGUGGAUAAGGUGACAAAAUAUAUUGUUAACCUGCAAAAUGAAGAUGGAUCCUUUUCCGGGGAUAUUUGGGGUGAAGUUGAUACACGGUUCUCAUAUAUUGCCAUAUCUUGUCUAUCAAUAUUACAUCGUUUGGAUAAAAUUAAUGUGGAGAAGGCCGUGAGGUACAUUUUAAGCUGCAAAAAUAUGGAUGGUGGCUUUGGUUGCACACCGGGUGGGGAAUCUCAUGCUGGGCAAAUUUUCUGUUGUGUUGGAGCUCUUGCUAUAACGGGUUCACUGGAUCUUGUUGACAAGGACCUGCUUGGUUGGUGGUUAUGUGAGCGACAAGUCAAAUCUGGAGGUUUAAACGGCCGUCCUGAGAAACUACCUGAUGUUUGCUACUCAUGGUGGGUUCUUUCUAGCUUGAUCAUGAUUGAUCGGGUUCAUUGGAUUAACAAGGAGAAGCUGAUAAAGUUUAUCUUAAACUGCCAGGACACGGAAAAUGGAGGAAUUUCAGACAGACCCGAUGAUGCUGUGGAUAUCUUCCAUACAUAUUUUGGGGUGGCUGGACUUUCACUACUUGAAUAUGCAGGAGUGAAACCAAUAGAUCCAGCUUAUGCUUUACCAGUUGACGUUGUAAACCGAAUUUUCUUUACUAAAUGAGGGCUUUAAUUUCAACACUUUGUCUGGUAAAGACAAAACUCUGUCACACCUAAGAGCUAGAUCGGUUUCCUUUUUGCAAACCGGGUGGUUGCAGGAAUCUUUUGGAGAUAGUACCGUCUGUAUAAGGGAUCAAGACACUAAAUUUCUUCAUUAUGGGGCUUUAGUUAAUCCUUUGAAAUUUCAUCACUUUGUGCAUUAAAAAUACUUGAUGUGUAGAUUUUCUCUUCCCAGCUUCAUUUUUCAGCUACUUCUUUACCUAA